GGCUGGAGCGGGCGCGCUGCCCGCGGUCCCGGGAGAAGAGCAGCGCCGCAGGCGGCAGGCAGCGCGGCGCCGGGAUGCUGCGGGCGGGAGAAGUCCACACUGGGACAACCAUCAUGGCGGUAGAGUUUGAUGGAGGUGUUGUGGUGGGUUCUGAUUCCCGGGUGUCUGCAGGAGAAGCAGUGGUAAACCGAGCAUUUAACAAGCUGUCCCCACUACACCAACACAUCUACUGUGCUCUCUCUGGCUCCGCUGCUGAUGCCCAGGCCAUGGCUGACAUGGCUGCCUACCAACUGGAGCUCCAUGGGUUGGAACUGGAAGAACCUCCCCUUGUUCUGGCUGCGGCCAACGUGGUGAGGAACAUCAGUUAUAAGUACCGGGAGGACCUGUCUGCACAUCUCAUGAUAGCUGGCUGGGACCGACGAGACGGGGGCCAGGUGUAUGGAACCAUGGGAGGAAUGCUGACUCGACAACCCUUCGCCAUUGGUGGCUCUGGCAGUACCUAUAUCUACGGUUAUGUGGAUGCAGCCUAUAAACCAGGCAUGUCCCCUGAGGAGUGCAGGAGCUUCACCACAAAUGCUAUCGCUCUGGCCAUGAACCGGGAUGGCUCCAGUGGGGGUGUCAUCCACCUGGUCACUAUUACAGCUGCUGGUGUGGACUAUCAAGUAAUCUUGGGUAACGAACUGCCAAAAUUCUAUGAUGAGUGAAUCGUCCUCCCUUCAUUAUUUUGUAAUAAACUCUUUCAGACCAGAACCUGGUAUGGUCAAUGGAAAAUGGGUGCUCAGGGGGAUGAAGUUUAGGUGGGGGCUUCUUCCUCCCAGAUGUUAG